UUCGACGCAGAGAAAUUGAUCUUCGGAAGUGAGGAAGUCGAAGAGGGGAGGAGCGCAAAGCGAAAAUAGGAGAGAGGAAAACUGAAAAGUAGUCUAUAACAAUUCAUUACGACAGUCAGAAAAUGUUGAAUUUGAUAUUUUAGGAGCAUUAGAAGAACAUGGGUGGAUACGUGGUAGGGUAAGUUGAUCUUCGAAAGAGUGGCCAGGAGAGAUGCUGCACCUUCUUUCAAGAAAUCUCAAGAGGAUCAGCUGUCUCCCCCAUUAAUGGCUAAACUCUCAAUCAGGACAAGGAAAAGAGGAAUUAGAUUAAGGAAGGACAGAAAUAAUUAAUAGUUUUCAAGAUAACCAGUUCAGAAGGUCAUCCAAUAUGGGGACAAGAGCAGCAGCAUUUACUGCCAAGAUACGGAAUCUCAAUGAUUUCCAUACACGGCUUCUCCAUGGGGUAGUUCCAGCUCCUUCAGGGCUGGACAUCGCGAAUACUUUGAAGUACUUCUCACAGACACUACUAGGUGUUCUACGAGAAAUACAGGAACGUCCUGUGGAUAUGCUUCGACAUCGAGAUCAAGAUACCAUUCGUCUUGCACUUUUCCCUAACCUAGACUAUGCAGGCUUACACCAGUCUAUUGUGGCAUUAGUUGAUAUAAUGCCCCUUAUACAGUAUGGCACUCAAGCUUUUGGCCAAGCAAUGCUAAAUACGCUGGCCUGUUUGGUGUUAUUCCUGGAACGCAAAGUGAUUGAUACAUUACCAUAUCUUGUUGCAUCGAUGAUGACCUCCAUUCCUGAGUCUCUCCACCAACAGCUCAUCACCAUCCUUUGUUAUCAUAUUUUGCCUGUCACAGUUGGUGCUCCAGCUGUCGAGGGUGAGGAAGAAAACUAUGCUGCAGCAUCUGUUCCGGCAGUUUUGAUGAUGAUCUUUCAGUACACAGAUAAUUCAGCAUACCACUGUCAGCUCUUAGAGUGUCUUAUGUCUCUUAAGUCUGACAUUGCAAAGGACUUGCUCUGUGUGAUUGCAUAUGGGACUCCAACAUCUAGGUCUCCAGCUGCAAACCUCCUCUUCUAUUAUUGGCCAAGUCUAAAUCCAACCCUUUAUGACAGAAGGGGCAUACAUAUAAAAUUUAGUGACAUAUCAAGUGUGUUGAAGGCAAUGUUCAAUAAAUCGGCACAGGCCGCGAAAAGUGAUUCGAUAUCCCAGACUGCAAAUUCUGACAGUGGGGAAUCGAAAAACCCAAAAGGAUGGAAACCUCUCCUGUGCCAAAUAGAGGAAUGUGAUGGUGAUGGAACAUCAGAGGCUGUUAAAGUUUGCUUUGAUCAUGCUGUGUGCUUGGGAGCUUGUCCCGAAAAUCCUCCUCCAUUAUUCCUGUGCAUUGACUGUGCUGAAGAGAUUAGGAGAGAACACAGUACGGUUGAGUUCUUUGAUAUACUUAUGCCAAUGGCUCAAGUAUCUGCCACUUGUGAAAAUAAGAAUUGUCGCUCUACUGAAAAAAAUGCAAUAGCUACCUGCUAUAGUAUGGAAUGUGCAAGCUAUAACAGCAAUCGACCUAUUCGCUACUGCAGUCAGUGCAAUAACAUUCGUCAUAACAACCGUCGUGGAUUAGACCAUGUUGUCCACACAACCAUUGGCUCUCCUUGGACAAUGGAGCCUCAGAUGCAAAACUUUACAAUUGAAGCUGUUGUCAGUCUACUCAAUGAAGCCCAGCCAUUUGGAGACAAAACAAAGAGUAAAGACCAGGAGCGUCUGAAUAGGGCUGGGCUGCUCGAUGAUGUUGAUCAGGCUGAAUGUUUAACACCAGAAGAAUCUCGUCUUUUGAGCCGGUAUGGUGUAUGGCUGAUUGUUGGAUUGUGUGCUCCAACUCCUGAUACACCAAUAGAAAUGUUGGGUCGCAUCCUUGCUGCAUUGUGUCACUGGUUUAAUGCAACACAAUACCUCCCAGAUGAUCAGCAAGGAACAGCUAUUGAAAGACUGAAGUCAGAGUACAUCCACAAUUGGUUACAAGAUGUUUGCAAGACUCACUUUGAAGUCUUUGUUUCCUGCCUCAUGCCACACCCUGUAGAAUAUGCAAGAGUUGGUGGCCACUGGUACAGGUACAGGUACAGGUUCAAGUUCAGAUACAGGUUCAGAUACAGGUUGAUACAGGUUCAGGUACAGGUACAGGUUCAGGUUCAAAUUCAGAUACAGGUUGAUACAGGUGAAGGUACAGGUUCAGAUACAGGGUUCAGGUUGAGUUACAGGUACAGGUACAAGUUCAGGUUCAGGUUCAGAUACAGGUACAAGUAUAGGGAUACACUUGCAACUCGCACUGAUCACAUUAAGGAAGGCUUCAAUAGGUUGUUCUGUCUUGUUCCCUAUGAACUUAUUACUGUCCAAGUGUGGGAUCGUGUCAUGCCGAACUGGAUGGAGCAAACUUCUGGAUACCGAUAUGAGCCCACUUGGAUUUGAUGCAUCUCAGAUGUAUGGUUUCCUGAGUGUUCGAUUCAUCAAUACACCAGCCUCAGUGCAGGAACAAACUCUUUCAUGGCUUCAGAGCCUGUGGUUGAGGAUGACUCUCACAGCAGCUCUGGUCUGUCUGAAGAUGAGAAGCCCCCAUCAGAGCAUCCAGAAGAUCAUUACUCUGACCCGGAGCUUAAUCUAACCUGUUUUGUGCUCAUGUUAGAUGUACUCUUCAAACAGAUGGAAGUGCAGGAGAUUGAGAAACACCAGGGUGUAGAUGGAGCUGAUAGUAAAGUGGUUACAAAGCUGUUGAAAGACAUGCUGAAUGCCCCUUGCAUGUCUCCCCAUACCUGUGAUGGUGAGAGGGAGUGCACAACAUGUGAACUGACUACAGCCUUCUUCCAGCUCCAGAUGGAUGUUGUAGCCUUUUUAUGCCCUAGGGUAGCUAUCCAGAACAACAGGGUUGCUGAUAUCAUCCCACAAGAGAUGGACUCUUCACAAGCAAAUAAGAGUCCUGAGUUAUCCUCCCAGGAUCCUCCUACUGUAGCUUCCUCUCAGUCACCAAAACCUGGUGUACACCCUCCUUCUAAGGAAGGAGGCCUUAUUUCCAUGAUGGUUAAUAUGCCACAGAUUGUAACUGCAACUGUGGAGACAGUUGGUGAACUCGACAUCGCUGCAAAUAUACCACAGGAGCAUGUGGUCAAAGCAGUAGCAAGAGCUGUGACACUGACUGAAGAAGAUGUUGCUCAUGCAACUGCAAAUGUUGCUCGUCCAAGUGUGGUAGACGAAGAUGAUAAACCGAUUGACACAACUCAACAUAGUGAUGAGGAAUCUGACUCUUUCUGGGUUACCUCACAGGGCAAAUUCAAAUUUAAAAUGGAAGAACUACCAUCUCACCUGCAAGUCAUAUACACCAUACUGAAGCGGCUGGAAACAACAGAAGAUGGCGAUGUUGUUUAUCAUAUGUGUGAAUGUCUGAAAUACUUGGUGCUUCAUGGAGAAGCCAUGGCUCAUGCAGCAAAUGAGCACAGAGGGUUUUUAAUUUGGUGUCAAGAAAAUAAAAGUAUCAAAAUCAUGUGGUCACUGAUAGAAGCUGAAUGGUCACAUGUUGCUGAGGUCUGCGUUUCACUGCUGCUGCACUUUGUAACUCUGCCAUGUGGUUCAGACAUAUUCUGGAAGUUAUGUGAAAACCAUUUCAACCAUCAAGAUUGGAAAGUCCGAUUUCAAGCAGUUGAAAAGGUGGUUGUCAUCGGACGGUUUUUGGGAUUAUCUGCUGUACGACAAUGUCCAGGACUGCAGGCAGCUAUUGCUCAUGCAUUUUGCUUCCUCAUUGCAUCUUUAGAUGAUAUUAAUGUUGCAGUAGCUCAGCGUGCUUCUCUGUACUUGACAACUUUACCAGACUGUGGCCUGCGAGCACUUUGUUGGUGCUUAGAACAGCAGUUUGAUAGUGUUAUAAUGGACAGGCCUAUGAUCAUUCAGGCCCUCCAUCAAUUGAGCUCACGCCUUCCAGAUCGUAGAAUCUUGUCAUGGGAAUUCUUUUAUAAUCGAUUUGAUGCACUUUAUCUUGAAGCUCAGAUUGCACUUGAAAAAUAUGGAGACAUUGCAUUCCCAAGAGACCUAAAAAAUUCAGACAUGACAAGUGAUGUCUUUGAAAGAAAGUUAAGCAAAGCAAAGGAUGCAUUGACCUUGGUUCAGAGUGCAAGUGUUCGAACUCUCUCUGGAUCUCUUGGCACAAAAUGGCCAUACAAAAGGACAAUGUCAGCACCAGCCAACAUGCUUAAUCGUGCGGUUGAGAAACAAGCAGAUGGAGGUAUGCGCUGCGGUGACGAUGGCUCAGUUGUUCACCAAUUGCAGCGUGCAAUGGAUCUGGAAGAGACUGAUAAGGACACUUUGCAUCUCCUGGUUUUCCUCUUCAUGCAGUUCCUGUCACAACCUCAACAUGUUGGAGGUAAUGAGGAUAAAGGAAGCGUAAAAGUGAUGAAUCUUGUCUUACGGCAUUUGUCAGUGCUAAUGGGCUUCAGUCCCCAAGAGCGUUGUUUCUCCAUAUCACCAGCAAGACUCAGAUCAUCUCCAGUGUUCAAUGCUUUUCUGUCCAACUUGCCUCACGUCUUGGAUCACAACUUCUGCAUGGGAAUAUCACUACUACCUUCGUGUUUGCCAGUGCUGCAGUUCUGUGCUGCACCUCACAGAGUGGUUGACCUUCGUUAUCCAACAUUCAGUUUGUGGGGUCUUCAGCCUCAUGCAAGAAGAUGCUGGCUAAAAUCAGUUCUAACACUCCUGUAUAAAUAUGAAUACAGUCAGCACCCUCUAUCAGGACAAGCACUAUCUUUGGUGCGUAUUGUUCUUAACACUAUAGAAAAUCACUACCACCGCUGCAGGAAGGUUGAUGAUCCAACCAUGUGUGCAGCCAGUUCAGCAUACUCAAGAGAAGUGAGCCAAGGCUCAAUUGGGGGUAAUGAAGGAGAUCAUCCUGUAGAGUCUCCUCCUCUUUCACCUGGGGCUCAUCCUGGGGGCCGCAUAACGCUCAUAACAGGAGGCCUUCAUGCAGACCCACGAGCUCAGUACUUUGCAGAGACCAAGUCAGCUUUUGUUCCUAUUGGCCAGGAGUCCAAAAGCAUUCAGGCAUUACAUGGUCAUCACAAAUCUGCACCUGAUGAGGGCAGAAAACAGCGUAAAAAUAAUGAAUCUGUCCAAGGUGUGGACUGCGAUGAGGUAGAACUUGAAUUAGAAGCAAUACCAGAGAGUCCCAAGACUGACAGUCCUGUCUGCCAGCUGCAAAAAAUUAAUGGACGUGAUAUGAAGACUCUCUCAGUUGUCAGUGGUGAGAUUUCACCCAAGUCUCAUCGUCCUGUGAGUCAAAAAACAACAGGGAAUGUGUUCCGACCUAUAGAGAACCAAAAUCGCUCAACAGCAGAAACUCAAGAAGGUUCCAUGAGAGAACGACUACUUCCUGUGGGAUUAGAGAGGUGUGGAACAAGUGACAUUGGAUGCACAAAGGGUGCAUAUCUGGAGCCUAGGGUAAACAGGGCAGUGUUCAGUGAAGUACCCAAAUUGGAGCAUGUGGAAGCUACAGUCACAGAGACAAGUGUUUAUGAUCCUUCUGUUAUACAAGCCGUGAAUCAAGGGGAGACAAGAAGAGUUUCUGACGAAAAGGAAGGAUCGAUUCAUUCGGGCCACAUCCAUCACCAGUCACCUCAGUCUCCACUGUCUAUGAUGGACCUCAUGACACUUGGUUCUCCAGUUGAACUUGAUGGCAUGACAAGCACAACAGAUUCCCCAAAUACCGAACUUGUGUCUCCUCCAGAGGUUCUGGAGUUGCCAUCCCGUGAGGUCCUCUUACCUGUUGGAGGAGAAAAGACAACUCCAAUCAAGAAGCAUGAGGACCACCAGCCUGGAUCUAUACUUGAACGAGUGUGGCAGGCCUUUGGAGGCUGGGCCAAUGGCAGCAAAAGCAGCAACCAGAGCAGCAGCGAAUGUGAAUUGGUUGAGGUUGUUGCACACAAAGAAACUCAGAAACAAGGAAAAACAAAGCAAAAUUUGAAAAGCCAAAGUGUGCUCAUGGAUAAGCAAGAUCAACUGAACACGUCAACAGAGGAAACCACAGAUACUUCUAAUUCAGGAACAACUACAAAUAAUUCAGGUCCAGGUGAUACAUGUCCACUUAAAAGUGGAAUGCGUGGCAAGAGUAAGCCAACAGCAACUGAAACUGAAGAUGAAGUAUUGAAUGACACCUAUAGAUGGAGUGACAGGAAUGAAAUGCCAUCUGUUCGUGGAGGUGUUACUAAUGGCAACCCUCCUGGAGCCCCUCCCCCCUCCUCUAUCAAGCAGUCAUAUCUGAGGGUUGGUGAGGACUGCAUGGUUUACAGAUGUAUGGAGUGUGGUGAAAUUUUAGAAGAAUUUUCCAAUGAUGAUCUUGGCUUGUGCAUUAUCAUCUUAUCAACAUUUGUGUAUCGCCAGCCAGGUUUGGCUGCACCACUUCUCCCCAGGAUGCUAAAGACUGUUGCCAGAGUUGCUGGUAGUGAGGUAUUUUCCUGGCAGUAUGAAAACUGCAUCCAUUUACCAGGUUCUGCCACAAGUAUUGGUAGACAGUUUUUGCGUUGUGUCCUCCAUCAGCUCGCACCCAAUCAAAUAUUUAAUCAGAUAUUUUACACCAAUGUUGAAGAGCACCAGCGACUGCAGCUUUUUAAAACUUUAGCACAGGCUUUAAUGGACUUCAAUGAACUAAAUCCCUCUGCUCCAAUUCAGCUUCUUCUGGAGACUCAAAAUGCCAAGAAAGUAUUGCCAACUGAGAAUCUCACCCAUCUCUUGGGAAAUGUUGCAUCAUACAUGGAAGGCGUCAUACAUGAUGGAGGAGGUGGCCUGUCCUCAAGUCUUGUGCCACUUUUUGAUACCUUCCUAAGGAAGGUGCUGCUAUGUGUCAGUGAAUUACCUGAUCUGAAUGCAGUGCUGAGGGUCAUCGUUGCAACUCUAAAGAUUCCAGGAGUGUCAGCCCAUAAAAGUAUCUUAGAUCCUGUGUCCAAACUUGUCAGCCACUCUAUUCAGAAUUCUACAAUCAAGUAUGAUCAUUUGAGUGACCUCUGCUAUAUCUGCAACAGAAUCUUCUCAAGGGAAAGAGACAAGCUGCUUCUUCCACGAUUGGUUGUGUAUGAGUUAGUUCAAGCACUAAAGUUCAAGACUUCAAUCCCUGAUACAAAUUUAGUGCUCCUUGUGCAGUUGGUCGUGCAGGAUAGUGGAGGAACUCUGGGGAGUAACAGUGUUGUUGGAGAUCUUCCUAAAAAUGUUCAAGAUAUUCACAAUCUUCCAAAUACCUGUGCUGCUGAGUGUAUGCGAUCUCAUCUACAUGAUGCUCUUGAAUUCAUAGCUGAUGUUCAUACUCUAACAAAAGUCAAGUCCAACUGUCGCAGCAGUGUUGGUCUGAAUGAAGACACAAUGGGUGGUCUUGUGAAAGCAGGGAUUUCACAGUAUCUGGCUCUUGAAAUCACCAGAGGAAACAGCAGAGACAACAGAGCCAUAGCAAAAUAUCUGCCAUGGCUGAACAAUCCACCAACAGCAGUUCAGCAAGGGCCAAAGGAAUUUAUUGACUGUGUGUCACACAUCCGGCUGUUGUCAUGGCUACUACUUGGUGCCCUGACACACACCUGCUUGGUUGGAAAUUUUGCCACUAUGGUAUGUCAGCCCAUUCCACCUGAAGCUUCAUGUCAUAUUGCAGAUCACAUCCAGGUGAUCUUAGCAGGAUUUGCUGAACAGUCCAAGGCAUCAGUUCUUCAUAUGUCUUCUCUGUUCCAUGCCUUUAUUCUAUGUCAGCUUUGGACUGUAUACCUAGAGCAAGGUGCUGGCAGCCCAGGCAGUGAUAGCUACAGCAGCAUCAGUGCCAUUCUGACAGACUUCUGGGCCAAAGUAACACCAGGCAUAUUGCAACUUGUCUCACACUCUAAAGUGGAAACUGAAACAGCCCAGUUGGGAGAAAUGGUAAACUUACACUUCCUUAGUCUGAUGGAAGCCCUUCAUGAGUGUCAAUCAACUGUUCUUACCAAGUUGCUGCCUCUUUGGGCCCCUGUCCUGUACACCCACCAUAUUAAGUUGCCGGGUCAGCUGGCAGUACGACUCCAGGUGUGCCAGAAUGCAGCUCCUCCCUUGGAUCAAGAAGUACCUGGUUGUACUACUACUGUUCCCAACCUACUUCGCUGGCUUCAUCGUUUGCAGUUUAAAAUGGGCCAAAUAGAAUUACAGUCUUCUGCUGCCACCCAGUUUUACUCUGUUUAGAUGUACAGGAAAUCUCUCUUACAACAUACCGGGUGUCUAAAACAAACAAACACACAUGCACAUGCACAUGCAUGCAUACACGCGUGCAUGCAUGUACAUGCACACGCACACGCACAUGCACACCCACACACCCACACACAUACCCACACACACCCACA